AUGAUGCAUAUCCUACAGCUUAUGGGUGCCUUCACAUGGUUCGAAAUCUGCUGUCAAGGGUACCGACAAUGUCCAUGCUCAGAAAGUGCACCGAAAUGGCCCCGACAGGAUGUUUUCAUCUCACCUCGCAUGUACCUGGUCACGAACCCCGCGAGACUCACGCCUCCGAGCGACAGGAAAGCACAUCCACGCAAUGUCGGUGUUCCAUAUGGGAGUAACAUUGUCGAACUCCCUGCCAAUCGAGCCAACCAGUACAAGUAUGUGGUUCGCUUCAAUGGACCAGCAGGGGGAGAAGACUGGAGUGUGGUGAUCUGGAAUAAACUUGGACCAGACGGUAUUCAGGGCGGUUGGUACGGCAAAGCUUGCAGGGAAUUCACUCUUGCCGCCGGCCAGACACGAUUCAUAGUCUUUGAUGAGGAUUCCCAGGGUGGAUGGGCCGCUGCACCUGGAACUGCCAUCCCUUUGGAUUCUAGAGGUGGUUAUGCGUCGACGUGGGGAGAGUUUAACUUUGGUUCAAUCGUGAACGACGGCUGGUCCGGAUUUGACGUCUCUGCGAUUCAAGCACAGAACGCUGGCCUGGAAAUUCAAGGAAUGCAGAUUUGUGAUGUCCUCACCCAUAUAUGUUCAGCCAUUACUCGAAAUGCGAGUCACGUUCGCAAAGCCUACACAAGGGAUGUUGCCCAUGUCGGCGGUAUUGGUGGCAAUCUUGCCCCCAGUCCAGUCAGACUCCAGGUAGCCCUUGAUUAUGCCAAAUGA